AUGCAUGCAUCCUCCAUUGAGACCCUUCUCUCCCUCCCUUCCUUCUCGUCCUCCUCCUCUUCCUCACCGGACCGGAACAUGGAUGCAUACUUGGACCAGCAAGUGCCUUUCACUUUAGCAAACAAGUCGCAAGGAAAUGGGCCCCCAAAUAGACUGUUGAUGGCCGCCAAAAGGAAAUACAUGGACACAGAAUUGCCCCCUCAGGAAUCCGAAGAUCUCUUUCAGGAUUUAAGCCAACUCCAGGAGACGUGGCUCACAGAAGCUCAGGUUCCUGACAGCGACGAGCAGUUUGUUCCGGAUUUUCACUCGGAAAACUCGGUGGCCUUUCACAGCCCGCCCGUCACUAUCAAGAAGGAGCCGCAGAGCCCAGGUUCGGACCCGAGCCAGUCGUGCAGCCACAAGCCCAACUUCGGCUACGCUGCCAGUGGAGAGCAGUGCCUUUAUGCCAGUGCCUAUGAGCAGAAAAGGGCGAUCCCGGGGGGCGCCAAGCGGUCCUGCCCGAGCACACCCAUGUCCCCCAUGCAGCAGCAUUACUCCCCAAAACCCGCGGCGGCGGCUGGCCGUCCUGACCCUGGCUACAUGAAUGCCGCUGCUGCUUCGCAGCCGUUAGCCACCAACGCCUUCCCCCACGUCACCAGGUAUCAGGGCCCCUCAGGAGACCCCAUGUGCCCCCAAUUCCCCGGAGCCUCUCAGGCCUUCCAGCGAAUGCCAUCCGCCCCAGCAGGACACGGCAGCGGCCCGGGUGGGGGCGGCGGCUGCGGGUACCAUCGGCAGCACUCGGACCCCUGCGUGCCAUAUCUUCAACAGAGCUUCAAACAAGAGUACAUGGACCCCAUGUACGAGCGGGCAGGUCACGUAGGGCCGCACGGGCGAGGGUCCCAGACCUCCCAGCACCCGAAUAUGCACCCGCACAGGUUUCCGCCGGCGCACUUGAUGGUCAAGCAGGAGCCAACAGACUUCACUUAUGACACAGAUGUUUCUGGGUGUUCAUCCAUGUAUCACCACAGUGAGGCCUACCCGCCUCCUCAAGCGGCUCCUGAAGGUUACGGCUAUGAGAACGACUCCCGUGUGGUUCCAGACAAGUUUGAAGGUGAGGUGAAGCAUGAAGCGGGCACGGUCAUUGGCGGCGGCGUGUUCCGCGAAGGCCCGGCGUACCAGCGGCGUGGCUCGCUGCAGCUGUGGCAGUUCCUGGUGGCGCUACUGGACGACCCCGCCAACACUCACUUCAUCGCCUGGACGGGCCGAGGGAUGGAGUUCAAGCUCAUUGAGCCCGAAGAGGUGGCACGACUGUGGGGAAUGCAGAAGAACCGUCCGGCCAUGAAUUACGACAAACUGAGCCGCUCACUACGCUACUACUACGAGAAAGGAAUCAUGCAGAAGGUGGCGGGAGAACGCUAUGUGUACAAGUUCGUGUGCGAGCCCGAGGCCCUGAUCUCGCUGGCAUUCCCGGACAAUCAGCGACCCAGCCUGAAGGGAGAAUUGGAGCGCUACGUUAACGAAGAGGACACCGUGCCGCUGUCCCACCUGGACGACGGCGGGACGCCCUACCACGCCGCCGAACACACGCCCCACGGUGGCGCCGGGCCUCCCCAGCCCUACGCCAAAGGCUACAUGUACUAA